ACCAAUAUGGAUUCCUUGUCUGCAAUAGGUGGCAGGUAACGAACCAAGUGUGUCCCUAUUUGGUGACUAAAGAAACAGUGUCGUUGCCGCGUUAUCUCGUGACAUUGCAAGUACCCAGGGGGUUUCGAGUUUGGUACUAUUUUGGCGGUGUUUCAAUUGCUAAUUUCUUGGACCUGGUGCGCUAUCUGGGGACCCGGGGAUCUAGGGAUGGCCGAGGACUACGCCUACGCGUGUCAAAGAGCCGAGCUUCUUGGGCUGCCACUACCUAGCCAGGAGGAAUGGACCAAGUCAAGGCAAGCCACUGACCCCACCAAAGAAGAGAUCGAGGACUCGAUAGCCGAGGAUGCCGCUAUGAAAGAUGAAAGCUUGCAACGCGCCGGGGGCGGCCUGGACGAGCUCAACAGCAUCCUAAGCGCAACUCAAAAGAAGCUGAACAAGUUUAAAACUGUCUGCGGUAGCUUGGGGGCCAUGCUGAAGGUACGAGUGGGCUCCAGGACGAGCACUCCAGAGCAUGCACGUAUCAAGAGUUGCAAAUCUCCAGUCUUUCCAACCCCGGGAGGCUCGAAAGGCUCGGAAAACGUACUGCUAGACGAUGAUGAAAUAGCUAUGGUUUUGGCGGCAACGGCGAAUGAAACGGUCGAAAGGAAUGAGACUAGUGAUCGGAAGCACGACAUCAAUGAAAAGGUCGAAUCACACGUCGACAAGUUGGACCUGUUGAUAUCGAAGGCGGAAAACGCACAGUACAGUAUGCAACAUCAAACGAAGCAAAUGAAGAAAUUUUUAAAAUAGUUGAUGCCCUUACAAUUAGAAAUUCAAUCAUCGAGAGAGAGAAGAAUCAAACUACGCGAUAUAAGAAAUGUGCUAAAAGCCGGAGUUCGAAUGAACUUUCAUACAUU